CAGGCCGAGAGAUAAAAGCCCGAUGGUGAUCGCCAGCGAUGGCAAGAGGAUUGCGCCUGGGCAUUAACUUGGAGCGGCGCUCGGGGGGGCCCUGAGCGCCCCGCCAUCUGGCCCGCGCCCUGCUGGGGCGGGGAGGGGGGAUGUCUCGGCGCCGCGACCAGCAGCAGCCGCGGAGCCCACCCAGGCCGGGGGCUGCGGGGCGCGCGAGCUCGGCUGCUCCCCGAGCCGCCCGGGGGGCCCCAAAAGUUUGCACUUGUUAGCGGCGACCUCGGACUCGGAUGCUGGCUGCGCGCGUGGCCCCCUCCCCCGGCCCCAGCGGCCGGGACAGCAGCGGGCGGCGCCCCCGGCGGCCCCAGGGCGUCCCGACCCCGGCUUAACGGCGCCCCCCACCCGCGUGGCCUCGCCGCACCCACCGCCGAGCGAGGACGGCGGCGGCCUCGUUCUGCGCCCCGAGCCGCCGAGCCGGGCCGGAGGGCUGUUACACAGCUGUGCUGAGUGCAUCACACAUUCAGGGCCCUUCAAAGACCUGGCUUGAUUGGAAGGACAAAAAUUAAAAGCAAUCUGAUCCAGGCCCAUGCCGGAUCCCUGUGGAUUUUCUCCUUAUCCCAUUUCCAUCCACUGUCACAAUUUGAGAGUCUGCCUGAUUUGAUCGGAUUCACCUCCGGGGGAGGCGUUCACGCCAAGGUUAGGAGGACGAAAAGUUACAGGGCAACUCUUUGAUCUGCCCAUCAGCAGUCUGAGAAACGCUGGCUCUGAAUUUUCCACAGCGGCCUUCUGGAUAAAACAAGUUCUUCGCUGUUUGCAAACCUGCAGCGCCUGAGCCUCUGGGACACCCUGGCCGCUGCCGCCUGGUAGAUGUGGCUUUCCCAUGCUGAGGCCGAGAGUCCUGCCUGAGCCCGCGGCUGCCUCCCCAGGGCGUCUCUGGGCCGUACCCCUGCGGCCUGCACAGCCAUGCUGCGCCUGCUGCUGCUCCUCCUGCACCGCCUCAUGCUGGCCUCUUCGGACUACGACACCUGCAAAUCCUGGGUGACCACGGAUGAGGGCCCCACUUGGGAGUUCUACGCCUGCCAGCCCAAGGCGAUGCGUCUGAAGGACUAUGUCAAGGUGACAGUGGAGCCCAAGGGCAUCACGUGUGGGGACCCCCCAGAGAGGUUCUGCUCCCACGAGAACCCCUACCUGUGCAGCAAUGAGUGUGACGCCUCGAACCCCGACCUGGCCCACCCGCCGCGGCUCAUGUUCGACCGCGAGGACGAGGGCCUGGCCACCUACUGGCAGAGCGUGACCUGGAGCCGCUACCCGAGCCCGCUGGAGGCCAACAUCACCCUGUCGUGGAACAAGAGCGUGGAGCUGACGGACGAUGUGGUAAUGACCUUCGAGUACGGCCGGCCCACGGUCAUGGUGCUGGAGAAGUCGCUGGACAACGGGCGCACGUGGCAGCCCUACCAGUUCUACGCCGAGGAUUGCAUGGAGGCCUUCGGCAUGGCGGCGCGGCGCGCCCGCGACAUGUCCCCGUCCAGCGCCCACCGCGUGCUGUGCACCGAGGAGCACUCCCGCUGGGCCGGCUCCAAGAAGGAGAAGCACGUGCGCUUCGAGGUGCGCGACCGCUUCGCCAUCUUCGCAGGCCCCGACCUGCGCAACAUGGACAACCUGUACACGCGGCUGGAGAGCGCCAAGGGCCUCAAGGACUUCUUCACACUCACCGACCUGCGCGUGCGCCUGCUGCGGCCGGCGCUGGGCGGCACCUACGUGCAGCGCGAGAACCUGUACAAGUACUUCUACGCCAUCUCCAACAUCGAGGUGAUCGGCAGGUGCAAGUGCAACCUGCACGCCAGCCUGUGCUCCGUGCGCGAGGGCAGCCUGCAGUGCGAGUGUGAGCACAACACCACCGGCCCCGACUGCGGCAAGUGCAAGAGGAACUUCCGCACACGCGCCUGGCGCGCCGGCUCCUACCUGCCGCUGCCGCACGGCUCCCCCAAUGCCUGUGCAGCUGCAGGCUCGGCCUUCGGCAGCAGUGGCAGGUCCCGGAAGGACCCCGCCCCCAAAUCCCCUGUGGCCACUGUGGCCAGAAGGGGGGGACCCACGACUUCUACCCCCUCCACAUCUACUACCCAGGCACCCACAGCCCCCAGAAGCCCACAGCCCACAGAAUGGACCAGGCCGUCUACAGUGGCCCCCUUUGGGCAGAGCCCCCCCUGGCCCCAGGCAUCCUCCCGCGCAGAAGCUGUGAGCACCUCUGCCACUGCCCACACCCCUGCCAAGGGCUCCAAACUCUUCCAGCUCAAGCCUAAAUCUCCUCAAGUGAUGCCUGUGGAAGAAUUCCCAGACUGCGAGUGCUAUGGCCACUCCAACCGCUGCAGCUACAUCGACUUCCUGAACGUAGUGACCUGCGUCAGCUGCAAGCACAACACACGGGGCCAGCACUGCCAGCACUGUCGCCUGGGCUACUACCGCAACGGCUCGGCUGAGCUGGAUGACGAGAACGUGUGCAUUGAGUGCAACUGCAACCAGAUCGGCUCGGUGCACGACCGGUGCAAUGAGACCGGCUUCUGUGAGUGCCGCGAGGGCGCGGUGGGGCCCAAGUGCGAUGACUGCUUACCCACGCACUACUGGCGCCAGGGCUGCUACCCCAACGUGUGCGACGACGACCAGCUGCUGUGCCUAAAUGGGGGCACGUGCCUGCAGAACCAGCGCUGCGCCUGCCCGCGCGGCUACACCGGCCUGCGCUGCGAGCAGCCGCGCUGCGACCCGGCCGACGACGACGGCGGCCUGGACUGCGACCGCGCGCCCGGGGACCCGCCGCCCCAGGACUCGCCCGCAGCGCCCGGCGGCGCUGGCCUGCACCGGCCGGCGGACCCAACUCCAGUUGCCUACAACUCCAGUCGCUGA